GUUACCGCUGUACCACUUGACAUGGGAUCAAGAAACUUACCACAUGCCUAAUAGAAUGUGCUUUCUACACACACCUCUCCCUUGAUAGAUUUUCCAUUGUCUUAAAGUCCAUCAUCUCAUCACUCAUACGCCCCUCUAUACUCCUCCUGUUACUGAGAGCCUCGCAGCCCUUAAAAUCACUGUUCUAUCCCCAUGCCUGUGUUCAUGCUGCUCUGUCUGCAAGGAUUGCAGUUUCUCCAUCUUUCUGCAGAGAAGGCUCAACUCCACAUGUCCCCUAGCUCUGAAGCCUUGCUAGACCUUGAAACAUUUAAUGGAUCAUUCACACUUUUCUGUAACCUAGAUGUCCUGCCACCAUAGCUCAUAUACUUUCACCUGGAUGGCUUUACAUAUUGCCUUCUGCCAGGCUGUGAGCUCCUUGAGGUCAGGAACCAUCCAUGACUAUGUCUCCAGCAGCCAGCAGUGGGUUACACACAGCAGGUCUUCUUCAGUCAAUAUAUGUUGACUCAAAGUGUAUAUGACAGUGGGUUCCAAUGUGAUUGUUAUUUUCCCUACCAUACAUAGCCCAAAGCCAGGAAUGUAAGCGCAUCCUAGAUAGAUAAAUUAUCAUGAUAAGCUCUGACCUAGAAACAUAAAAACUCCAUACCAUCCACCCCUGGCUACAUUUUCCCACAUGACUCAAUGCCAUUUCAUCCUCAGCAGAGACCUGUGUCCUUCAAAGACGUGGUAGUGGGCUUCACUCAAGAGGAGUGGCACAGGCUGAAUCCUGCUCAGAGGGCACUGUACCGGGAUGUGAUGCUGGAGACCUACAGCAACCUUGUCUCAGUGGGUUAUGAAGGCACUAAACCAUAUGUGAUCCUCAAGCUGGAGCAGGAAGAAGCACCAUGGAUUUGUGAGGCAGCAUGCUCAGGCUGCCACUGUCAGGAAAACAUUUGUCAAGUUAAUGUCCAGAGGAAAAGACAAGACAUGAUUUUGAAACAAGGUGCAUUCAUCAGCAAGGAAACAUUGCCCAAGGAAAGAAGCCAUGAAAGCAAUAAGUUUGGGAAAAUAUCACCUCUGAGCACUAAUCUUUUUCCUUCAAUUCAAAACCCUACAAACUGGGACCCCUGUGGAAAGAGUGCAAACCAUAAUUUAGAUUUUAUUGGUUUUAAGAGAAGCUAUUCAAAAAAACAAGAUGAGUGCUGUGGAUGUGGGAAAUUGUUACAACGUACAAACCAUGAUAGAAGACCUAAUGGAGAAAAACUCUGGGAAUGCAGUCAUUGUGAGAAAGCUUUCAGCCACAACCCAGCACUUAUGUAUAAACCAGCAGUAACCAAUUCUCUUGUGUACAAACGUAAGAGGGUUCCACCUACAGAGAAACCCCAUGUCUGUAGCGAGUGUGGGAAAGCCUUCUGCUACAAGUCUGAAUUCAUUAGGCAUCAGAGAAGUCACACUGGGGAGAAGCCAUAUGGAUGCACUGACUGUGGGAAAGCCUUUUCACAUAAGUCAACCCUCAUUAAACAUCAGCGAAUUCACACUGGGGUAAGACCCUUUGAAUGUUUUUUCUGUGGGAAAGCCUUCACUCAGAAGUCACACCGCAGAGAACAUCAAAGAACACAUACUGGAGAGAGACCCUUUGUGUGCAGUGAAUGUGGGAAGUCAUUUGGUGAGAAGUCAUACCUCAAUGUACAUCGAAAAAUACACACAGGAGAAAGACCAUAUCGUUGCAGAGAAUGUGGGAAAGCCUUCAGCCAAAAGUCGUGCCUCAAUAAACAUUGGAGAACUCAUACAGGAGAAAAACCCUAUGGAUGCAGUGAAUGUGGCAAAGCUUUUUAUCAGAAGCCAAACCUCAGUAGACAUCAGAAAAUUCAUGCCAGAAAGAAUGCCUAUAGGAAUUAAAACCUGAUAAUUGUGAGAAAGCCUUAAUCAAGGUAUCCUAUUUCAUUAUAUGUGGAGGCAUUCAUUUUUAGGAGAAAUCUCAUUGAUUUAAUGAAUUUGGACAAAAUGUUUUACCAUAAGGGAAGUCGUUCUAACUGUGAUAGAAAUUUUUAUACAAAGAUUAUAGAAAAUACUUUAUAAAACAAACAUGGUUACUCUGGCUUAUGAAAGUUUAAAAAUAUGUUAAUGGAAUGACAACAGCAUACAAAAUAUAUGUGAAGAGAAUUGGUAUAUUCUGGUAUAUUCCACCGUGAGCCACAUAAUAAGCAUUAUAUUUUGGAAAUGUAAAUGUGAAUUUAAUGUAAAUCGUGAAUAUCAAGCAUAUGUGUCACGUAGUAUGUAGAAUGCCAUUCACCAACUUUUCCACUCUAAAUAUCACCAUUGUCUUUUACUGUCUUAACAAUAUAAAAAAUAAUGAUAAUAACAUUUGUUAAUGUUAAAAAGGCAAAGCUAAGGAAUAGUUUCACAACCUAAUAUUGGAUGAACAAAAUACCAUAAACUUGAUUACUCAGCACAGCCAUUAUUUGACAAAAAGUAGUGUGGCUGUGGUAUAUUGUGCACCUCUUCUGUUUUCUUAGUCUUGCUUAACAUGCCUUGCAGCAAAUUAGUAGGAAAGACACUGUUUAUAUGAGUCUUAUAAUUCAGAAAUGCUUCAUGCAGAGACCAAAGAAGGAAAAUUUUUCUGUUUUUAUUUUUUCUUUUUGCAAAUUAAUUCAGCAACAUCCACUUUUCUUCCCUAUCAAUUUCCCUGUGAAUGUCCUGGGCACUAAAACCCAAGUUGUUUCAUCAUUCCAGUCUUUGAACAAAGUCUGCUUCCCUGAGCUGCCAUGUCAUCCAAAUAAAACAAAUGGCCAUAUUGUGCAAGAUUUGCCUCGCUAUAAGAAUGCCUGAUCCAGAAUGAGAAAGCAAGCAAUCACAUGAGCACUGGGUGUUGUGUUUAAGUGAUGAAUCACUAAAUUCUACGCCUGAAACUAAUAUUACACUGUAUG